AUGAGCUCCGAGACCACCGAGAAGAUGUCGGCGGCUACGCGCGAGGUAAUAGGCAAGGUUCGUCAGCUAGUGCCACCGAUGUUGGAGAAGUUUCAUAAAGGUCAAUUGGGUCGCGUUGCUGUUAUUGGCGGUAGUGAGGAUUAUACUGGCGCGCCGUACUUCUCUGCUAUGGCGAGUGCUCGCUUGGGCUGCGAUAUGUCCCACGUUAUUUGCACACCCGGUGCCGCCGCCGUGAUCAAGACGUAUAGCCCGAACCUGAUGGUGCACCCACUCAUGCGACAAUCUCCUCCUCCGGGCUCCGACUCAAGCUCCCCUGCCGAUACGGACCUCGCGCAAGUCUCUAGCAAGAUCAUCGAUAUGCUACCGCGGCUGCACGCGCUAGUCGUGGGUCCGGGGUUGGGACGAGACCCGUUGAUGCAGGAAACUUGUGCCAAAGUCCUUGCCGCAGCGCGCGAGCGCAAGAUGCCCGUAGUACUAGACGCAGACGCACUAGCUAUCGUGCUCAAGACGCCUGAGCUGGUAAUAGGCUGGCGGGAGGUUGUGCUCACGCCGAACGUAGUCGAGUUCGGGCGGCUGUGGAAGGGCAUCAAGAUGGACUCGUCGUCUCAGAGCAAAGAGGCGAGCAGCGGUGCAGAUUCGCCCGACCAAGUCGAGGCGCUGUCGCGCGCUCUCGGUGGCGUGACGAUCGUGCAGAAGGGCGGCAAGGACUUCAUUAGUAACGGCGAGACGACACUAACGGUCGACCUGCAAGGCGGGUAUAAGAGAAGUGGUGGUCAGGGGGACACGCUGACGGGAAGUAUUGCGACGUUCUUGGCUUGGCGAAAUGCGUAUCUGGGAAAGAUCUGGGACCACGGCGGCAACCUUAGCGAGGGAGAGACUCUCGGAUUAGCUGUUUUCGGAGGCGCGGCUAUUACGAGGGAAUGCUCCCGCCUUGCCUUUGAGAAGAAGGGUAGGAGUUUACAGGCUAGUGAUCUGACGGACGAGGUCCAUACAGCAUUCUUAAACGUGAUCGGGGAACCGACUGAGAAGCAAAGAAAUCAUGUGCUGUAUCCGAUUCCCGCACACCCUCCCGAUUCUCCACCCGCAUCAGAUGGGGAGGAAGAGUAUGAGCAAACUACAAUUCAUGGAUCAACGUCGAUUAAAGGCUUAUCUUCACCUAUUGAAUUUACGCCGCGACCAUCGUCCGAUUUUAACACUCGGCGCAGCACGGAAAUUUCGACUCGUGCACAGGUCGUUCGAGAAUCAUGGGGAGCCAGAAUCCAAGAUCCAGCGCUGAUCUACUAUGCUCAGGGUGAAAUAAGUCUUAUUUCUCAACCGCAGCUCGUGCGAAAGUCCACAAGUUUAGCUUCGCUAUCGACUAUCACUAGAUAUUCAACGAAUGAUUGCGAUAUUAAAGAGCCAUCACUUGAUGACUUCUAUGCUCUCGAUGACGAAGACGUUGCAGAAAGUCUACCCGCUACCCCCAUGCCAGAAGCCGAUAUACCGCCAACACCACCUCCGAAGUUCUCACCAAAGACUCCUAUCGGCAGAAGCCGUUCCACUCGACAUGUGCCGAUCGCGCCUACUACCGCCAUCAAUCUUGUAUCUGGAGAACUCACCCCGCCCCGUACACCUACUGACCCUCAAUUUCUCUCAUUGACUUAUUCACCCACUACUUCAUCGGGAACUUCAGGGGCAAUGUGGGCUGCUAAAAUCGCAAAAACAUACAACUUCGACUUGGUGUACGUCGUCAAUCUCUGGCCGAAAGACAAGGAUGACGACUCGAAUCCUCACCAAUCCACUCCUUCCCAUGGUCAACACAACGCGCAAAACGUAGAUGAUGUUACUACUCAGCGUGCUGUCGUCGCACAUACAAAGUUGGAAAUGACUGGCCAGAUACUUGCUGCUUAUGGCCUAAGUGAAUUCGGAUCACCUUUUCGAAUUCACGCCGAGUUCCACAGGAAAAUGCUUGGGUGCAGGGGCUGGAAUGAGUACCGUGAUGAGCUCGCAUCCCCUGAGAUGAUAUCUCGCGGGUGGGCAUGCUCUUUUUAUACCAACUGUUCCUCGAUGGCCCGGAAUGCUAUCGGAGAGAAGCACUUAGCACGAGGUGGAACAGCGAAUCGCGGUAUAAUCUUCGCAGCAUACACAAGAAAGACGACCAAGUCAGUGAUACCAGUUAGGCCGUCACCAAGGCAAACCGCAGUACUCGGCAAGCUGCUCUAUGAUUCGCAGAAACUUGUUGACGCAUUAGUCCACGGCGAUUGA